AUGACGAAACAGAUGACAGUGCAGAACGACACAGUUUGGGACGCGACCAAGGACGAAGGCUCGGCCAGCAGCAUUCGAGUCUGCAUCCGAAGCCUACGGAACAGUACCACAGCGAGGACGAUGGAGCAGCGUGCGAGUCUGCAUCCGAAGCCUACGGAACAGUACCACGGCGAGGACAAUGGAGUAAAGCCUGAUGUUCACGCUGGGAAAAAGGUAAUCGGUUUGGAUGACCUUCUUACUGAUUUUUACACAAAACAGAGCCAGAUUGAUGGCAAUGCUUGUAAAAAAUCUAAAGCUUCAGAAAGAUGCAGCUCCGAUGAUGAAGAUGAUCCCAAUGAGAGAGGCAAUGAAACAAAGUUCUCGGAGAUUGCUAAUGAGUGUGAAAAACAGAUGAACCAAAUUACUGCUGAAAAAGAGAUCCCUUUGUGGGGUCAGGAGAUCUUUGGGCAACAGAAAUCUUUGCCUUUGUUAAGCUUUAUAGAACUGGAGAACUGCAAGCUUUUUCAGCCUUUUAGAAAAAAUGAGCUCGAUUCAGAUCUACUUUUGGAUUCUGAACAAGGAGCUGGAGAGAAGUUUCUAGAAGGGUUCUUGAUUAACGGAUGGCUCACACAAUUAUCAUUUAUAUCUGGUUAUGUUGAAGCUUCUGUUGCAUCAUGGACAUUUUACCAGGCUCUAUAUUCUUCCAAUGAGAAAUUGCAGCUUUCUGCAUGCGAAUUUUGGUGCAGCAUCCUUUUGUCUAAAACUGAGGCCAGUGAACCAUCUGUAGUACUUGAAUGGAUUCCCCGCUAUCAUGAGUUGAAGAAAGCACUUGAGGUCUACGGAUAUCUGUCCGAUGCAUCAGAAAAUGUAGCCUUGAAUUCAAUUUCCAGUUCUAGAG